AUGUGUCUAUUAUUUGUGUCGACAGUGGCUGGCAAAAGCAAGUUCGAUAAGGUAGCCAAAAUUGCGAUGGAGGUGCUGAAUCAAGCGCGUUUACCAGGGACGAUAAGGCAAUGUCGAUGCAAUGAGGAAGAAAUCUGUGGCCAACAAGCCAUUCAACAGGCGACAAGCUGUGCUCCUGGAUGCUAUGGAUCUUUCAAUCGAGUUGCUUCCAAUCCUGCCGCUCUACAGGGUUGUUUAAAUCAGAAAAUACCAGUGCUUCAGCAAUUCUUACAAUGUAUCAUCCAUGAAGCCGGCAGUUGCUCAAACAGCGCAGAACAACCGCAAGUGACACACUACGAUUUCCGGAGGGCACUGCAAAUCGGUGUCGCUCGGGUUCAGUCGAGUCGAGGCGAGAUCUUGAGCUCGUCAUCUUUGAAAAAUAUUCAGGGUUUCGCAAACGCUUUACUCGAUUUCGGGGUUUGUGUCGAGAGUUGUGCAGCACAACAAAAUGUUGUCGGCACAUGCUUUGAUCGAAAUGGAUGUAAUCCUCGAUUUGACGAACGAAAAGCAAAACGCGGGCUGAAGAGUUGCAUGAAGCGGUUGAACUGGAAGCAGCAUGCCGGUCAACUCUGCGACUGUGCCCUUGGCGCCGGAGUGGCCGAGCUCAACCGCUUCUGUCCGAUCCUCAGGUUGAUGUCUGCUCCU